UCUGAUAAUAUUCCUUUCGACAACUCAACGAAUCUUGAACAAUUACUGUACGACGUCAAUGACUCGAAUGUUAGUCGUGCAAUUGUAAUGAUUAGUCACGGUACGCAAACCGUUAUUGUCACUUGACGAUCAACUAAAACGUACACGUUAACCACACUAUACUCAUAUACUCAUAUUGAUAUCGUAUUCAACGGUGGUCCUUGGUGUCGCUAGAUUGGACACAUCGUUUGGCGCCGUUCGUCCAGACUCCCUCAGAGUACGCGAUUCGUAUGAAUUUGCAAAAGUUAUGCAAUGUCCGUGUCUCUUUGUGUGUUGAGAUUCGAACUAACUGAAGACGAUAAUACGCAAUUGGACGGAGUGAUACUGCCAACACUAACAAAUUGGGAUAAACGAAAAAUCAUGUCUUGCCGAGGACGUCGUAAAUCUAGAGAACUAACUGUUGAGACAUAUGGUCGUGUUGAUGGAACUGCUCCUGUUGAGUCGCUAAUUAAUGGAAAUUCAAAAAAAAUAGAUUUUCUUAAAAAACCAAAUUCUCAGACAAAUUCUAAAGGAAGUACUUCUAAGGGAUUGAAGAAAAAACAAAAAAAUAAAAGAAAUAAUGUUGAAAAUGUGUCAAAUGCAGCAGAACAGAUUAAUUUUAUUUCUGGAAACCCAUUUGUUGAAGUUACUAAGGGUGUUCUACAUGUUUAUAAAGAAAAUAAGUUAACCCCAGUAGACAACGCGAGUAGUCGUAGUCAAAUGAUAUGUAUUUUAUCUGUUCCUUCAAAUAUGAACUGUCAUGACCUACUCACUUUCAUAGCUGCUUGUCAAGAAAAUAUUCAUCACAUACGAAUAAUCAGAGAUGCUGCAUCUCUUAAUCGAUACAUGACACUUAUUUCAUUCAGAACUCAAGAAGCAACUAUGGAUUUCUUUCAUUCAUUUAAUGGUAUGCCGUUUAAUUCAUUGGAACCAGAUUGUUGUUGCAAUUUGGUUUUUGUAUCCAAAGUUGAGGUAAUAAAAGAAGAUGUACCUGGAUGCAGUGCUCCUCCAUCUCAACACACUGAACUUCCUGUAUGUGCAGUUUGUUUAGAGCGUAUGGAUGAAUCAGUUGAUGGCAUUUUAACUAUACUUUGUAAUCAUUCUUUCCAUGGAAACUGCCUAACCAAAUGGGGCGAUACUAGUUGCCCUGUAUGUCGAUAUGUUCAAACUCCUGAAACAACUCUAGAUAACCAAUGUCAGGAAUGUCAUUCUUCUGAAUCAUUGUGGAUAUGUUUAAUCUGUGGUUAUGUUGGCUGUGGUCGAUAUGUACAAGGACAUGCUUAUAAUCAUUAUUUAGAAACAUCGCAUUGCUAUUCCAUGAAUCUGGGAAACAAUCGUGUAUGGGAUUAUGUUGGUGAUAAUUUUGUUCAUCGAUUAGUCCAAAAUAAAGGAGAUGGAAAAUUAGUUGAAGGGAGUUCACCUGGAAAAGUUGAUGAUACAGAUCAGAAGAUUGAAUCAGUCCAACUUGAGUUUACAUACCUUUUAACUACUCAAUUAGAAUCUCAAAGGAAAUAUUUUGAAAACCAAAUGAAACAUUUUGAAGAGAAUACACUUUCUGAAAUUAGUGAUAUAAAAGCUAAAUCUAAAGCAGCUAUAGAAGAAAAUGAAAAAUUGCAGAUAAUUAUUAAUGGAGCUUCAAAGGAUAGUAAUAUAUUAGAACAGAAAAUUGAAGAAAACAAAAAACUCUUAGAGCAUGUUAAUAUAAUAACAAAAGAAAAAACUACAUUAGAAAAAAAAGUUCAUAAUUUAACCACCAAACUGGAACAAACAAAAAAUAAGCUAGACGAAGAGUGUCAAAUUAACUCAGCAUUGCAGAAAAAUCAAAGCGAAUGGCAUUUGAAAUUUUCCAAUUUAGAAAAAGAUUUUAGCAAUUACAAAAUUACUAAAAAUCAGGAAAUCAUGGAAUUAAAAGAACAAGUCCGCGAUCUUAUGUUUUUCUUAGAAGCUCAAAAUACAAUUGACAAAAGUGUGGACCGAGCAGACAUAGUGAAUGGUUCGGUAAUUGUAGAACAGCAAAAUCAAUCAAGUCAACCUAAGACACCCAAAAGCAAAAAACAUAGGUUACCUAAUCGGUUUUACACGUUUUUCGACUUAGCAAAUAAUAUCAUAUCGAUAUCCAUAUUUUGGAGCAUAUUCGGAAUGUUUACGAAGCUAAUAAUUUCAUACAACUUAAACUAGUUAACUUUUUUUCCAAUUAACAGCUGUUGCUCCUUUUCAGCAUAAAUUUCUAUGUUCCAGUUAAGAAAUAAUUAAGGAUUUAUUAUACCACGUUAAUUUUUGAUCACAACUUAGCAGAGUAGUACGUUUGUUCCCAAACAAAUCUUGUCCCCCAGAACCAGUUUACAUAAAUUCAUCAUCGUUAACGUCGUAUUCAUAACCAUCACUUAAUAAUAUUAAAUGCAUAUCCUGAUUGCCUACCAUGUCAACAUUCUACUGGAGUGCGUCGAAAAUCGGCUUCGGAUAAUUGUGUACGCGACAACCACGUGGUUCCAUUUCAAAUUCAUGAAUAGGACCAAAUGAUUUGCAGCCUUCAAUUUACCACCAGAAUACUAUUUUACUAACAUUUGCAAGAUGGACAACACCAAUCGCCGUCAACCUCCAUCAAUGGUGGGGUAUGAUAGAUAAUAUGAAAACGAUUGUCACAGUCAUCACAUAAUAACUGUUCAUUUUCACAGUCGCCACAAAUACCACCACAAGUUGUACAUAUAUCCAAUUUAGAGAAAUUGUCUUUACACUCGAUACAUUUUAAAGGGUUGGCUCUCGUUUCAUACGGUUGCAUUAUUUUAUCUUCUGGUGUUCUUUCAGCAAGAAAUUUCAGAUUACAAUUACGAAUUACAGUAUUAUGUAUUCCAUCAUAAAUAUCUACAAUAACAGAACGAGUUUUCUUGGUGGAUUUAAUUGUGUUAGGAGCACAUCAAACCAAUAGCUGCAUUUUAAAGGAUGAUACGUGUUGUAAUUCAUAAGAACUCUAUCAAUUUGUUUUAAUUUUUCAAAAGGCACAGUUUCGGCCCCACGAGAUUGAAUGUCUUGACAUUUCAAUGUUAUUAUUACCAUUGGAAUUUCAAAUGCUGCAACAUACACUAGUCUAUCGUUUUCUACUGGACUCAGGUAUUCGCGUGUAUAGUAGGUUGCAGAGGAGUGCACUCAUUACUGCAGUUGCUACAAGUAAGUAGCUGCACCUGUACAAGUUAUACCUGCAAGCACUGGACGAUAUCGUAGCUGAUAUGACGUUCGAUGGGGGCCCAAUGGUCGUGUACAAUGUGAUGGAAACAUGGACUGCUUGGCAGACCUGACUAAGAUGGUGCAGCAGGAAACUGGUGGAAUCAGCGACCGCGACCGCCACCGUCAUUUGAACUACUGAGCACACAUUUGCUAUGUUUUACACGUAGUCAGACGGAAACAAUGCAUGCAAGAUCUCUUAAGCAUACUUUAUUAUAUCUUAGGUAUGCAUUUAAUUAGAGAACGAACAAUUUUUUCUACCUUGAAAUGUUAUAACUUCAAUAACAUUAUAUCUAUGUGAAUGAAUAUAGUACUAAUAAAUAUCAUAAUAUACGACAA